GAAUAUGGUCAAUCUCAUAGCUCCAUCGUUAAUUUCAAUUUCAAAAUACCACCGCCAGCGAAAGUGAUAACAAACAAUGAACUUGAAGACAUGGCGUUGAUUCCCUUGAGCAGUCGCCCUUGCAGAGCUGUUGUGAACAAAACUGCGGUGUUCGCAAAAAAGCGACUUCCGCCAAUUUCUUGGUGCGGGAUCUCUAGGUGCAAUACGUCGUUCAAUCAGCGUUACUUUUCGUAUUCAGGGAAAUCUCCUUCAGAUGGUGAAGAGAAGCACGCAAAAAAAUAUUCCUACAACCAUCAGCAACCGAUYCARAAAUCGACGAGUUUGAAACGAGCAGAAUGGGAAAAAAAUAGGCAGCGCAAACACCACCAGUACCUUCAGSGAAAGAAACACGACGCUGGGCCUUCACUCAUUCAAUCGUCACAAUAUACUUACAAAAUACGAUGCGGAAAGGACGCUGCAUCAACUCCAGAUUCAUCCUGCGCUUCCCAGAAUACARAAGGGAAUAAUGCUGCUUCAACCGUCAUGAAGUCCAUGAACGCGUCUGCUCUCUUGGACCCAUUGAAGUACUGCAAAGGAUCUGGCAAACUGAUUGCAAAUGUCAAUAAUGGAGGGAGAACUAUCAAUGGAGCCGACGCAGCACGACGGCUAUCGAGGGGCAAAAAAGACUUUUUAUCUGCAGCCCGAGAGUUGGAUGGACCUGUUGUUCUAGAUGGUCACGGUGUACCCCCCGCGUUAUUCCAACAUUGUGCUGACAUGGCCGAUGCCCURUUGCGUUAUUACGGGCCAGAUGUGGUGGAGUGUUCAUUCCACAAUUACCACAGCACUGAGAACAAUACCAGUAGCAGUGGGAAGACCCCACUCCAUGUUCGAGUUCGUCGUCGUGACGGGACAAAUUCGUGUUUGCCGCCGCCAUCGAUUAGUGAACGCAAUAGGGAUGGGAAAAACCAUGGGAUUGAGGGUCGAGAAAUGAAUCGUAUUGAUUGGGAUUACAACUUAACCUUGUAUCUUACAGUAAUGGUGAGUUCAUUAGAUGCUGCUAAUGUUUGUAAGGUAUAAUAUUUACUUGUGAAGUUCAUUCCUCGACUUAUCAUUCGCUUUCAAUCCGAUCAAAAUGCGUGCCACAGGAGCGUCUUGCAAAGAACCUAGGACAAGUAUUGGAGCUUUCGACAACAAGAAAUGAURGAGGGCAAACUCCUGUGCAAAAGGAAAGCCUCUCUUUGGGUGGUAAUACCUGCGUCGACGCAGACGAAUCUUCAGACGAGAACGACGGCGAAGACGGUGAUGAUGAUUUUGUAGACUCCCCUGUGUUCGGUGCACUUCCGAAGCCUCGCUGGAAUGUUGACAUUCUACGGGGAGCUUACUUUGAUUUUCAGCCCAACGAAAAUGGAUCUGCAUCGACCAUAACGAAUGAUAUGGAAAGAUGGGAACAGAAAAGGAAAGCCACUAACAAAAACCCCAAUGACGACAAAGGAGAGGGUGGACACAACGGYCAUACAAUUGAUGGCAUACGUCCAUUCCCUGUUGUUGAGUUUGUUCAGCAGCAGAGUUCGCGAUCGUCCGGAAAUGUUUUAAUUCGUUUGCAGGGUUGUCCUCUUCCCAACGAAGAAUUUGGAGAUGCAAGGUUACAGAGACUAGGAGAACACCUCCAACAACCCGUGACGUUGGUGUUUGACGCGUGCUUCCAGGCCCCACUGAGAGAGAAAGCUCAAGUGCACUGAAUAGUAAACCAAACCUAUAGGAUUUUUGUAGCACUGCAAUAGAAAAUCCUCACAGAGAACAGAAAUCGAAAGRGGGAGAGACAGAGAWWCUCAUUGAUGUUUUGCAUGAGUAUUUGMUUCAGUAUUUGGAUUUGUUAGUCUUAAUCUCUAGGCUUUAUCGCUACUAGGAUAGAAUAGAUGGGGAACUCGUGCUGUAUGCGCYAGUCGAUCCAGCAUUCAACAAUCAGAAGAAAAAAGCGACCCUUAAACACUCUURGAUAAUCAAGAAGUUUCAGAUUGACUUCUUUCUUCGUAGUUCGACCCAUUGUUGUCAUUUACUUGUCGUAAGUGGAUAUGAAUUAUUUGCUUGCUUCUCGAUACUGAAGGGACAUAUCCAUCCUUUGUUAUGGGCUCUUGCAAACAGAAAUUAAAUAUUUUUCUGAUUGCAAGAGGCCACUUGCUUCAUUAUCAGAGCGACUUGUCUCGCUAAAAUCACAUUUACGUGAGCAUAGCGUGGUUCUAUUUUAUCGAGACAUUCGCUUGUCAUCGUGUAAUGACAGAGUUUUUACGAUUGGGUGAAAUCGAAUGUUCCCUGGGUCUGUUGCUGAUCCAUACCAAAUCCAAACGUGUUUCCUUCCAUCUGGGGCGCCAAUGCAGCCAUUUCUUCCUCAUCUUCGACGCCGAAGUARGCUUCGAGAAUUUUGAUACACUUUUCGUAGAUAUCGUUGUUUGAAUGUUGCUGCAAAUCUUCAAUCUUGUUGAGACCUUCGGCUUCGGAAACAAAAACAGCCAUCGAAUUCGGUUGACCAGUCGCAGCUGACUCUUCUUCGCCAACCUUGAGGAUAUUCUCCAAGCCCUCGAGAGCAAUGGUAACAAUCUUGGGAUCAUUGACGGUAAGCAAGUCGCAAAGAGGACGAAUGCAUCCCUGUUGAACMAGGAAUUUGAUUUGUUGGCUAUUGCCUCCCGACGUUGCGUUCGAAAUAGCCCAUGCUGCUUCCUUUCUGAUGUCGAAUUCGGCGUUSGUAAGAAGCUGAAUCAAUGGUGGAAUAAUGUUGUUUUCCACGACAGCUUGGAUCUGYUCUUUGUUACCGGCCGUAAUAUUCGAGAUGGUCCAGCAUGCUUCUUUUCGAAUACCUUUUUUCGGGCUUGACAAAAGUGCCAACAGACAAGGAAGGGCGUUGUUGUUGAUGAUGAACUGAGUCUGCAGAUCAUUACCAGUAACAAUGUUACCAACGGUCCUCAAUGCCGGGGUUUGAACAGCUGGAGAUGGGUUCAACAACAGCUCUACCAAUCUUCGGCAGACACCGGCUUCAAUGACUGCUUGGAUCUUCUCGUUGGGCCCAUCCGACAAGUACGAGAGCGCCCAGCAUGCAUCGGUGAGGACUUCUUCAUCCGGACUGAAAAUAAGUUGUGAGAGAGUUGGGAGGGAAGGGCGGACCAUCUCAAAGUCAGGCUGGGGCUUUCCUCGGCAGAAGUUCGAGAGUGUCCAGGUAGCGUUUCUCAGCAUGCUGAGCUUCGAGUUUUGGUGGAGUUGCUGGAGGAGCGGUUGCAUGGCUCCAGCUUGCAAGACCAAGUCCCGGCAAGGUGGCGAGUCUCCUGCAAUAUUCCCAAGAGCCCAGACAGCCUGUUCACGAACAUCGUCGUUUGGACUGAGAAGAAGGCGAACAAAGAURGGAACAGCUCCAACUUCCAUUACAACCUUCGUGUGGUCGCUUGUACCAGAGGCAAUAUUCGUAAGUGCCCAUGCUGCCUCGAACUGGAGUGCCGGGUUGUCGUCUCGCUGUAAAAAUUCGACAAAACGAGGGACGACUCCGGCAUCGAUGACAUUUUGAAUCGGGGGAUUCUUCUCGAUACUGAGAAGCCGACGGAAUUGGGUCGURCAUUCCGUUUGCAGUGUGGGAUCAUUGCCCAUGACACCCUGCACCAUCGCUGGAAGCUGCUCGAGCUUGGACUGGGCCAUAGCUCUUCCUGCUUGGCUGCUUGUGUUUUGCUGCAUGGCAAGAUUGGCGUACGUGUUG